UGUGAGGAGCGGAGCUGUUAGCUGUGUGAGGAGCGGAGCUGUUAGCUGUGAGAGGAGUGGAGCUGUUAGCUGUGAGAGGAGUGGAGCUGUUAGUUGUAUGAGGAGCGGAGCUGUUAGCUGUGUGAGGAGCGGAGCUGUUAGUUGUGAGAGGAGCGGAGCUGUUAGCUGUGUGAGGAGCGGAGCUGUUAGUUGUGUGAGGAGCGGAGCUGUUAGUCGUGAGAGGAGCGGAGCUGUUAGUUGUGUGAGGAGCGGAGCUGUUAGCUGUGAGAGGAGUGGAGCUGUUAGUCGUGUGAGGAGCGGAGCUGUUAGCUGUGUGAGGAGCGGAGCUGUUAGUUGUGUGAGGAGCGGAGCUGUUAGUCGUGUGAGGAGCGGAGCUGUUAGUCGUGUGAGGAGCGGAGCUGUUAGUCGUGAGAGGAGCGGAGCUGUUAGUUGUGUCAGGAGCGGAGCUGUUAGUUGUGAGAGGAGCGGAGCUGUUAGUUGUGUGAGGAGCGGAACUGUUAGUCGUGUGAGGAGCGGAGCUGUUAGUCGUGUGAGGAGCAGAGCUGUUAGUUGUGUGAGCUGUGUGAGGAGCAGUGAGGUGGUGGAGGGAGUGCAGACGCUCCUCUCCGUGCUGAUCCGUGACUGAGCCGUUUCCUGCCUCCUGCAGUGCUGUUUGUUUCUCUAAUAAGCAGCCGUGUGUUUGAGCGGCGCGAUAAGCAGCUCCAGACGAGCCGAGCGUUAAUUAGCGCCGCUGUGCUCGUGUGGAUUGUUCUGUCUCAGAAACACAGACGAGGUGAAUCCGUCACUCACAGACUAAUGGGAUCGGAUUAUGGAGGAGGAAGAUCAAAGGAGCCCUGCAUCCCUGUAGAGGAGUGACGAUAUCGAAAUUGGACAGAAUGGACUUCCUUGGUGUUUUAACAUCAAAAAACAGACAGCACUCAGACUGGACAGACUGGACAGUGGAAAUGUCCAUGCAAAUGAGUGACUCUGAUGGGGCGGUGAAAGUGGCUGAAUGGCAGCACACAUAUUACUCCUCCGACUCCGGCAUCCAAUCAGGAGCCACCACAGUGCGAGAGGAGGACGAGACUGAGAGCAGCAAGAAGUUCCCCACAGAGAACACCACAGAUUUGGAUGGUCAGUACAGUCUGACCCGUGCCCAGCGCGUCAGAGCGGCCAUGUUCCCAGAGACGCUGGUGGAGGGAGAGUCGCCGCUGCCCACACAGACUGACCCUGACCAGCAGACUAAUGUCCAGAGACUGGCCGAACCGUCUCAGCUCCUAAAGACCGCCAUCGUCCACCUCAUCAACUACCAAGACGAUGCGGAACUGGCCACUCGCGCCGUGCCUGAGCUGACCAAACUGCUGGCCGAUGAAGACCAGGUGGUGGUGAACAAGGCGGCGCUGAUCGUGAACCAGCUGACGCGGAAGGAGGCGUCGCGGCGUGUGCUGAUGCAGUCUCCCCAGAUGGUGGCGGCGGUGGUCAGAGCCCUGCAGGCCGGAGACCUGGAGACGUCCCGCUGCGCCGCCAGCGUCCUGCACAGCCUCUCCCACCAGAGGGAGGGGCUCCUCGCCAUCUUCAAAUCCGGAGGAAUCCCCGCUCUCGUCCGCAUGCUCAGCUCCCCGAUGGAGUCGGUGCUGUUCUACUCCAUCACCACUCUGCAUAACCUGCUGCUGCACCAGGAGGGGGCGAAGAUGGCGGUGCGUUUGGCCGACGGGCUGCAGAGGAUGGUCCCCCUGCUGAAGAAGACCAACCCCAAAUUCCUCGCCAUCACCACCGACUGCCUGCAGCUGCUGUCCUACGGCAACCAGGAGAGCAAGCUGAUCAUUCUGGCUAACGGGGGUCCUGAGAGUUUAGUCUUCAUCAUGAGGAACUACAACUACGAGAAGCUGCUCUGGACCACCAGCAGAGUCCUGAAGGUCCUCUCAGUGUGUCCCAGCAACAAGCCGGCCAUCGUGGACGCAGGUGGUAUGCAGGCUCUUGGUCAGCAUCUAACGGGCUCCAGCCAGCGCCUGGUUCAGAACUGCCUGUGGACGCUGAGGAACCUUUCAGACGCUGCCACCAAACAGGAGGGCUUGGACGGCCUGCUGCAGAUCCUGGUGACCCAGCUGGGCUCUGAUGACCUGAACAUGCUCACCUGUGCUACAGGUAUCCUCAGUAAUCUGACCUGUAACAAUGCGCGGAACAAGGCCCUGGUGUGUCAGAGCGGGGGGGUGGAGGCGCUGAUCCACGCCGUGCUGAGGGCGGGGCAGAAGGAGGACGUGUGCGAGCCGGCCGUCUGCGCCCUCAGACACCUCACCAGCCGACACGCGCACGCAGAACUGGCCCAGAAUGCCGUGCGGCUGCACUACGGGAUCCCCGCCAUCACCAAGCUGCUGGGACAGCCGUACUACUGGCCUGUGGUGAAGGCCACUGUGGGACUGAUCCGAAACUUGGCGCUGUGCCCAGCCAAUCAGGCUCCGCUGAGGGAGGCGGGCGCCAUCCCGCGAUUGGUCAACCUGCUGCUGAAGGCCCAUCAGGACACGCAGAGACUCGGAUCCAGCGCUCAGCAAACGUACCAGGAUGGAGUGCGUAUGGAAGAGAUUGUAGAAGGCUGUACUGGAGCUUUACACAUCCUUGCCAGAGAUCCAAUUAACAGGGGAGAAAUCGCCAGCAUGCAGACAAUUCCGCUAUUCGUACAGCUGCUGUACUCUUAUGUGGAGAACGUAAAGCGUGUGUCUGCAGGGGUUCUGUGUGAGUUGGCUUUGGAUAAGCAGUCUGCUGAGCUGAUCGAUGCUGAAGGAGCUUCAGCACCUCUGAUGGAGCUCCUGCACUCUCCCAACGAGGGAAUAGCCACCUAUGCCGCCGCCGUGCUUUUCCGGAUCUCCGAGGAUAAAAGCUCAGACUACAGGAAGCGUGUUUCAGUGGAGCUCACUCACUCACUGUUCAAACACGACCCGGCCGCAUGGGAAAUGGCUCACAGCACAAUGCCGCUCGACGCAGGAUACAUGCCAGACGAUCUGGACGCUGCGUAUCCUCCGUAUGGUUACCCUGAUUUGCCCAUAGAUGGCCUCCCUCUGGACCCAGAGAUACAUGAGCAGUUCAUGCCGGAGAUGAGCUUUGACCCCCGACAGGUCUACCCAGAGCCGCUUUAACGCCACACUGAUGCAGGUGCAGUGGGUGAGCUGGAGGAUGAUUGACAGGUGUGGAGGCGGGGCCCGUGGUCAGGCGACCCAACAGCGUCAUGUUUCCAUGAAACAGGGUUCGGCCCGUGAAGAGACGGAGGCGUAAAAUCCUCCUUAACUUCAGUUCACUACCAGUCUGUGUUUGUGUGACAUGAACUCAAAAGGCUUUUUUUAUUUGUGCUACUAAAAGAGAAAAGCCUAGAACCGUGUUGAUGGGAACCGCAUGUAACCAUAACGUUUAAAUUUUGUACUUCGUAUUAUUGCUUGACAGACGACGAGUCUUAGAAAUGUAGCAUAGUUAUCCAUUUAGCACCGGUACAGCUCUUAAGCUUCACUCUGAGUUCUCUUAGUGUGGUUCUCUGGGUUCUCUGGGUUCUCUGGGUUGAGCGCUGACAGUGCAGAAAAGAUCAGACAGUGUUCUAUGUAACAUACACAACAGUAAACUUCAUUAUCUGGAUAUUCAAGGAAAAACCGUGUAAUUCACUCUUUAUUUCUGUGUCACUAAUGAUGUAAAUAGUUUUUUAGUUGCUAAAAGAGAUUUACAAGACUGUCCUUCAAUAAUAGUUAAAAACAAUCAAUAAAACAAAAUAAGUUCAUCUGAAGUUGCCAACAUGGAGAUAAUUUGGUGGUUAAUAAGAAAGAUCAUCUGUUCUGAAGUGUUAGUUAUGAUAAACGUGACUUGCUGAGCCUCUAAUCAGAGUUUCCUUCUCCUCAUAUUUACAUGAUAUUUUUUUAUUCUUCUUUAUUGUGAUAAACUGUAAACCACCGUCUCUCCUCCCUCACUUCAGGAGUCAUGGAGAACGUGCAAAGCGAGUAAGCAAGCCUGUGAUUGGAUGAGGCUUUAAUGUUAACGAUCGUAGGAUGUCAUCGCUGUCAGGACCAAACGUAUCUCCAUAUUUGACGCUUUUUAACCUAGUUUGAAAAUGAAAUUCUAAAUUGUGUAAAAAUUAAAUUAAUUCAUAUUAAAGUUUUGUUCUCCUCUCCUGUAAAGUUUCA